AUGACGCAGGGUCCGGGCGGGCGCGCGGCCCCCGCGCCCCCCGCACCCCCGGAGCCUGAGGCGCCCACCACCUUCUGCGCGCUGCUGCCGCGCAUGCCGCAGUGGAAGUUCGCGGCCCCAGCCGGCUUCCUGGGCCGCGGCCCGGCGGCGGCGCGGGCGGCGGGGGGCGCGGGGGCGGCGGGGGGGGCCGAGCCCGAGCCCGAGCCGGCCGGCUCGGCCGGCGUUCCGGCGCUGGCGGCGGCGGUCCUGGGCACCUGCGAGCCGCGCUGCACCGCGCCCUGCCCCCUGCCUGCGCUCAGCCGCUGCCGGGCCGCCGGGGCGCGGGGGUCGCGGGGUUCGCGGGGGGCGACCGGACCCCCGGACUCCGCCGCCGACGAGUGGAUCCGUAAAGGCAGCUUCAUCCACAAGCCGGCGCACGGCUGGCUACACCCAGACGCCAGGGUCCUGGGGCCCGGGGUCUCCUACAUCGUUCGGUACAUGGGCUGCAUCGAAGUCCUCCGCUCCAUGCGCUCCCUGGAUUUCAGCACUCGCACCCAGGUCACCAGGGAAGCCAUCAACCGGCUCCAUGAGGCCGUGCCUGGCAUCCGGGGCUCCUGGAAGAAGAAGGCCCCCAACAAGGCACUGGCCUCCAUCCUGGGCAAGAGCAACCUGCGCUUCGCGGGCAUGAGCAUCGCCGUCAGCAUCUCCAUCGACGGCCUCAACCUCUCCGUUCCCGCCACGCGCCAGAUCAUCGCCAACCACCACAUGCAGUCCAUCUCCUUUGCGUCGGGUGGUGACACGGACAUGGCAGAUUAUGUGGCCUACGUGGCCAAGGACCCCAUCAACCAGAGAGCCUGCCACAUCCUGGAGUGCUGCGAGGGCCUCGCCCAGAGCGUCAUCAGCACUGUAGGCCAAGCCUUCGAGCUGCGCUUCAAACAAUACCUGCACAGCCCCCCCAGGGUUGUCGUCCCCCCGGGAAGGCUGACCGGGCCGGAGGAUUCGGCCUGGGGGGACGAGGACGAGGCAGAACACAACUACUACAACCGCACUCCUGGGAAGGAGCCGCCCCUGGGCGGGCUGGUGGACUCCAGGCUCACCCCCACGCAGCAGCCCUGUGCCCUUGGGGCCCUUGGCCAGGGAGCAUCUCCUGCUCGAAGAGACGCCCGAGGCCCGCAGUGGGACAUGGGCCCCUCAGCCCCGCCCGGGGAUGGCUACGUGCAGGCAGACGCCCGGGGCCCGCGAGACUACGAGGACCACCUGUACGUCAACACGCAGGGUCUGGACGGCCCGGAGCCCCUGCAGCCUGAGGACAGCCCCAAGAAGGACCUGUUCGACAUGAGACCCUUCGAGGAUGCCCUGAGGCUGCACGAGUGCUCCGUGGCCGCGGGUCCGGCGGCAGCCCCCCUUCCCGUGGAGGACCAGUGGCCCAGCCCGCCGACCCGCCGGGCCCCCAUCGCCCCCACGGAGGAGCAGCUGCGGCAGGAGCCCUGGUACCACGGCCAGAUGAGCCGUCGGGCGGCGGAGAAACUGCUUCGAGUGGACGGGGACUUCCUUGUGCGGGACAGCGUCACCAACCCGGGGCAGUAUGUCCUCACCGGCAUGCACGCAGGGCAGCCCAAGCACCUGCUGCUCGUGGACCCCGAAGGCGUGGUGCGGACGAAGGACGUCCUCUUCGAGAGCAUCAGCCACCUGAUCGACUACCACCUGCAGAACGGCCAGCCCAUCGUGGCCGCUGAGAGCGAGCUGCACCUGCGUGGUGUCGUCAAGCGGGAACCCUGAGCCAGGUCGUGGUUCUCAGCCUGUGGCUCCUGUCCCCGCUCCCCCCCGGAUGGCCCUGUGGUGGCCUUAGGGGCCCUCAGCCUUUCUCUGGACCCUGGUCGGGCCGGAAUUGCCGCUGUCUCUCCUUCCUCCGUGUGGGUCUCUGGAAUCUUCCUUCUCCAGCUGGCCCUGGGCUGGGCUGGGUCAACCCCGCCAGGAGACGGAGCCCACGACCCCUCUCUCCCACAGCCCUCUGCCUGCCGCCAGCCUUCACCUGGAGUGAGGGCACACAUACCAAAGACAGAGCCUUUUCUCGCCUUUAAAGAAAAUAUAUAAAAAAGCAGCCAUCUAUCUCGGAGCCCUGGCCCAGGUUCCUGAUGGGGCAAGGAGGCACCGUUUCCUUUCCCAGCUGGAUGUCAGCUCACCUCCCUGGAACCAGCGGGUCCCCAGUUCCCUGGCAUGGAGACGGAUUCCUGUCCUGGCCGGGCUCAGAUUUUCCACCUGAAAAAUUAGUGCACAGUUGUCUUUUGGGGGGAGAAUCAAGGUGCUUUGGGCCCUCAGGCCAGGGCAAAUGCUGAUGUUGAAGUGGGGGGGCAGCCUUGGGAUGAUGGGGGGCAUCCAGGCAACCCCAAGACAACUGACCCGGGUGGGGUUGGUUGUGAGGCCCUGCCCUCCCAGCUGUCAACCUGCACUGGACACUUGGACUCAGUUUGUAAUUAAACCUGGGAAUGACCACAGGGCACGUGAGCCCUCCUGCACCUUACAAGGCCCUCUCGGGGAGGGGGUCUGGGUUCAGUCUCCUGGUGGGGGGGAAGCCAAGGCAGCACCGGAUUUGGCCUCCCCGCGGCCGGAGGAAGAGGGAGCCAGGCCCUGGCUGUGGCCCUGUUGGGGUGGGGCCGGAUCCCCUGACAUUUCCCAGAACCUCAAUCUUAUCCUGAGAUAAAGC